GUUGCUGAUACUGGGUCAGUCGUGCACACUCUCUUAUAAUUACACACUUAAACAUACCGCGAGGAGGAGGAUACACAGCCGGAUAGUCACCCUUCAUCUAUUCAGUUUCACGGGAUUACGCAGCGCCCACGGAUAUGUGACGUCCCCUCGUUCCUUUAGCGUGUUAUUGUGCGUUUAUUCCGUUUUUGCGACGCUGUGCUUGUUCCACAUUAUCAUUGUCUCGGUUACCUUCACCCAACACUGCGGGCUGACGUCUACGUGUGCUUCUUGGACCACUCUUCCGGGGGGCAUCCAUCCGGACAGGGACAGGGGUCUGCGGCGUGGAGAGCGGCGGCUGUGAGGACUCCCUCUGGCGCAUUGAUGCACCCGUUCCAGUGGUGUAACGGGUGCUUCUGUGGUCUGGGCCUGGUUUACUCCAACAAGUCAUGCACCAUGCCGCCCAUCACCUUCCAGGACCUACCUCUUAACAUUUACAUGGUCAUCUUCGGGACAGGCAUCUUCGUCUUCAUCCUGAGCCUCAUCUUCUGCUGCUACUUCAUAAGCAAACUGCGGCACCAAGCCCAGAGCGAGCGCUUUGGCUACAGAGAGGUGGUUUUGAAAGGUGAUCCUAAGAAGCUGAACCUUCAUGGGCAGACGUGUGCCGUGUGUCUGGAGGACUUCAAAGUCAAAGACGAGCUGGGGGUGUUGCCAUGCCAACACGCUUUUCACAGGAAGUGUCUGGUGAAGUGGCUGGAGGUACGCUGUGUAUGUCCCAUGUGCAACAAGCCGAUCGCUGGCCCCCCAGAGCAGCACCACAGCAUAGGCACCCUGCUGGACGAACUGGUGUAGUGCAGGUGUCUACAGCCACCGGCUCCAGACUGCUUCAGGAUCAGGGCCAGUGACAACAGGAGACUGUGUUUGGUCGUACGGAAAACCAGCAAAACCAGACCAUGCAAAUAGUACGAUGAUGGGGUAACCUAGUUACCACCUGGAGGAAGACUCUAAAAGAUGCAGUUGCUUAGCAACCUAACGACACCUUGUGGUGUCUGAGAUUAUGUGGAGCCACCCACACAUCACUCCAGCACUCCACCCCACUCUCCCUCUUCAUCCCCCCUUCACUCCCCCUCUUCACUCAGUUCUUCAAAGGCGCGUCUCUGGUGAGGGCUCCCAGCACAGAGUAUGUUUAUGGGCAUUCAUGAUGAUAAUGAACAUGCUGCUGCUGAGACGAUAUUAUAACACUAUUGGAGACCUCACCCUUUGUUUACUUAUCAGCAGAUAAUGUUUAUAGCUGUGUCAAAAACAAUGCGCCUAAAACCAGAGAAACCAGAAGUGAAAAGUACAUGUCGUAACUUUAGUAAAACUGAAGAAGCCAGUUGAAUCAGCAGCGAGGCGUCUUCACUCUAAAAAUUCUGUCCAAUGGCAGAAUAUCAUUUUUCUUUUACUUUACCUGUAAUGAACCUUAGACCUGCUCUGUCAUGUUCUUGCUCUUAACUGUGUGUGUGGAAAUAGUCCCACAUGGUUCACAGCUGUCCCACAUGUCUGCACCCCACCCCUCUGUCCCCAAACUGUGAUCAUGUGACCCACUUUUGUAUUCAAACGCAUUAGACACGGCCCUUUACCUCCUCCUGUGUGUCCCCCGUCUGUCGUUUCAACUCUUUUUCUAUACUCUAAACAGGAACACAGCCAGACACUCUACUUAACCCUUUGCUCUUACAUUUCUACACGUUUCUGCAGUUUUGUUUCAUUUUGUGAAAGAUUCAGGUACAAAUGUUCAGUGUUUUUUGUGUUUAAAUAUUUUCAGAAAGACAACUACAUUGUUCUUGCACAAACAGAUGUUCCACAGUCUCUGUUCCAGAGGUUUUUUUUAGGGUUGCACGAUAUGACAAAAAAUGAGAUUUUCAAUAAGUAUUACACAUUUUUUUUUUUUUUUUAGCUUUCUACCAUGUUUUAAUGUUGUUCUCAUGAAAAACAUGCCCGAAGAGGUUGUAGAUGUCAUCCGUGCAUGUUUGAGUAAUCUAGUAAAUACCCCCUCUUAGAAGUAAAAUAUCCCGUCUUCAACUGAGACUAAACCAAAACCAACCCAAGUGAGGAAAACCGUGAAUACAACCUGCCUUUCGGUGCAUUUUAUUUUCAAAAAACUUUCAACAUUUCUUCAAAUAGAAGAACUUUAUGUUUAUUUUCUUGCUAUAUCAAUAUUUUUGCGAUAUAUUGUGCAACCCUAGUUUUUUUUAAAUGAUUAUUAUUUCUGUGACUCUGCAAACCACUGCCUAAAUUGAGCACAAAGUCACAAAGCACACACUCUCACCUGUGCUGUGUCCAGGUGAACUGCGGAUUCUACGUCUAUUUGAAAACCAGAGCAGACGCCUCUUUUGCUCUCACAUUCCACCUUUUGUAAAAUUCAGGUAAUUUGUGUAAAUAUGUUCAAACAAGAAUAAAGUUGUCUGUUUUGCUCAGUC